AUGGAUAAGCUUGCCCUUUUUAAGGUGACAAGCAUUGACUGGACUGAUGUUUUCUCACGAAUUCGUAACGCAGCUGGAUAUCCCAAGCCUGGUUAUCUGACACAUGAAGCUGUACAAUGGUCUGAUAUUCAUAAAAAAUGGUUUUUCCUCCCCAGGAAGGCUUCGAAAACAAUUUACAGAGAGGAAGAGGAUCAGUGGAAGGGAUGCAACCUGCUAAUAACCAGUUGUGCUAAUCUUUGCUCGUUUAAUAUCACCGAAAUUGAAAUUAUUGGCUAUAGACAUCCUGAACGAGGCUACUCCUCAUUCGACUUUAUUCCCGACACAAACGAUGAACUAAUCGUAGCACUCAAGUCAGAGGAAGUGGAUGGCAGAAAAACCAAAAGCUUCAUCACCGUUUUUAGCAUCAACGGUACGGUACUUCUGAAAGAUAGUAGACUUGAAGACGAAUACAAAUUUGAAGGCAUUUACUUUGUUUAA